AGCAUCAGUGAAUACCAAACGCAGGGAGUUGUAUCCGAAGACGCUUGGAGGGAUUUAGGUGACAAAUGAUCCUGUAAAGUGAUGGCAUAAUUUUAGAGCACCGUUCUAGAGUUGGCGGCGUGUGGUCAACUCUGAUAGUUCCAGGCCAAAAAAGUUCUUUCUAACAGCGUUGCCUACUACCCCCCUACACGGGCUUAUGCGCCAAAUCUGAACAACCUGUGAUAAUUGUUUAUUUUAAUUAAACGGACACUUUCAUUAAAGAAAAAAAAAACGUAUUCGCCCAUCGGAUUUACAGCUUUACAAGUCAAAACAUUUAUUAAGUCUGAUUGUAAAGAAAUUUUAUAGACGCUAUUUUUAGUCAUCGCCUAAGUGAGAAUUAGUUUGAAACCAAUAAACGCGCUUUCUUUUACAGUGAAAUCAAACUGAAUUCAGAGAAGAACCACGCAUCCACUACUAUACAGGACUUUGAAAAUGAAGUGAAUUAGGUGCUAGCUCAGACAGCCUCAUUGCAUGAGGACAGUAUUGUGCUUUGAUUCAUGACAUUGGACUUGUUAACUAGCGGCUCAUAUUCCACGCCUUGAUGACUGACUGUUUCGCUUGACCAAUGGCUGUUUGAUAAUUGUAUAGAAGUAUAUUCUCUUUCAGAUCACCCUUCCCUCCAUACAGGACACAAUGGGCGUGGUCACAGUCAGCGAUAUAGACUAUGGGCAAAUUUUCGGUCCUUUCCCUACUCACGUAACGGCGACUGACCCGGCUUACGUCAUAGGAAUGUUGACUUGUGAUAGACAACCUGAUGGAGUACUCCUAAGGGUUGAUACAGAAGAACGCAGAGGAGGAAUUCGAAACAUUGAUUGGCUGCCAUAUGUGUCUCCAGCACGUGACGAGGAAGAGCAGAACAUGGAGGCUUACCCCAAAGAAGGCGGAGUCUACUACCGGACGUUACGUAUAGUGAAGGCAGGCGAGGAACUGCUAGUGUGGUACAGCAAAGACUUUACUCAGCUUCUUGGGGUCCCAGAACUUCAGAGCAACUCCAAACGUGAUGAUGAGCAAUAUAUUUGCUCACACUGUGGGGAGAUGUUUGACUUUCCUUACCCACUGAGAGCUCACCUCAAAUUCAAGUGCACAUUCACCGCAGAGGACAGGCUAUUCCCCCCAGUACCCGCUCACCCCCUGACCAAACUCAACGGAAACCUGCGAUGUCUUGGAAACAACGCCGGAAACGACAUCGAGGGAUACGCCGAGAACAAACAGCACCAGAUGCUAAGCUACAUGACCAACAACAACGCCAUGUUCACCAUCGCCAGCAAGCGACACCUAGAGGAUUCUGGUGCAGAAGCGCCUCCGGCCAAGAAAACUUCAGACGUGCAGCUGCCGAAGACGAAGAAAGAUUCUAUAAUUAGCCAUUCCAUUGAAGAACUGAGUAAAAGUCACGUGAGCAAAGCGAGGGAAGACCUUGACAUUGGCCGUGGUGACGCUGUACCAGAAGGCCAGAGCGCAUUUAGAAAAGUGACGUCAGAGCACACACUGUCUCCUAUCCCUAUUAUAACUAACUUCCCACUUAGGACCAAAACCAUUUCUCCGCCGAUGAAGACGAGUUCUCCCCCUUCAGCAACGUCUUCGUUGAACUCACCUGUAAUGGGUACAACUCACGGUCUGUCGGCGACCAAGACGAAUUCACCAGUCUCUGCCAUAUUGCACAGCCCGACAGCUGUGUCCCCAAGAAGCGAGCCGUGCUCAUCUUCCAUGCCCCCUCCCGUGCGACCGCCUGUCAAGCCCAUGGCGUCACAGCUGACCACGGUCAGCUCCCCUGACCAGUCAAGACCUCCCAUUAUGGGUCUCUACAUGCCACGUAUCCCACUUAUCCCUACCCCAUCGGCUCUCGGAAUUCCCGGCGGAAGUCUUCUCGGGGCUAGUUCAUCAAGUAGAGCUUUAUCCAUGCACCAUUCAGCUUUCCCGGACCAGAUUCCUCCAGGGUUACUGGAAAUGUGUCGGGCGACGAUUCCCGCCGUCGGUCCCCUGACGGAAUCAUUCGCAGCGAACAUCAGAAACUGUGAACAUCUGGCCAAGCAGGCUCUGUUUGCUGACAGACACAUCUCCAGUCUGGGCUUCCUAAAGAGCACUAACCCAAUGGUGGAGAAGCUUCUACAGAGCACCAACCCAACGUUACUAUCUUCUCCCAUCAACGCGCUCAAUUUGUCACAGAAUUGGUGCGCAAAGUGCAAUGCUACCUUCAGAAUGACCUCUGACCUUGUUUACCAUAUGAGGUCACACCACAAGCGAGAGUUUGACCCAAUGAAACGGAGGCGGGAAGAGAAGCUCAAGUGCAACAUCUGCAACGAGGCUUUCCGAGAGAGGCAUCACUUGACCAGGCACAUGUCCUCGCACGCGUGACAUAAGGACUCGGUGUCAUUUAGCGCCAGCUCCCUCUCCUGAGAGAAGAAUGACACUGCUUGUCUACAAGACUUGAUUACCAGUCCACUGUCAGCCACGACUUUUCUGACUACGGAUUUAAUAAAAGGCGCAUAGGCCGUCUCACAGAAAUCGCGUAAAACAAUGACUUACCUAGCAUAGUACACUUGACAGGUAUUCGUUAAACAUUUUUUUGACGUGAUAACAGAAGACCAACAAUCCGUUUGCCUAUGAUACUUUUAGUUGCUUGUUUGAAACUAACAAAUUGUUAGUAGGCCUACUAAAGAUACAAUGAACUCUAUGAGAUUGCUUAUAAAAUGGUAACCAGGAAGAACAUUGCUAAAUUAUGUGACAAUUCUGAUGGUGAGUCACGUUGCAAUACUGAUUGAUGGGUGGUUUUUUUAAUACAAGACAGCAAUACUUCUUUUUUUUUUUUUUUUUUUCAUUACGCUUACUGUGCAUUCCAUUUUCAAUACGAGGUGAAGAAGUCUGCAAUUCAAUACAAGAUCCCAUUAUGUCUUCAAUUCAAUGCAGGAUCCCUGAUUUAUGUAAUCAUUGCAGGCUCACUGACAACUUGAAUUCAAUGCAGGAUCCCUGAUUUAUGUAAUCAUUGCAGGCUCACUGACAACUUGAAUUCAAUGCAGGAUCCCUGAUUUAUGUAAUCAUUGCAGGCUCACUGACAACUUGAAUUCAAUGCAGGAUCCCUGAUUUAUGUAAUCAUUGCAGGCUCACUGACAACUUGAAUUCAAUGCAGGAUCCCUGAUUUAUGUAAUCAUUGCAGGCUCACUGACAACUUGAAUUCAAUGCAGGAUCCCUGAUUUAUGUAAUCAUUGCAGGCUCACUGACAACUUGAAUUAAAUGCAGGAUCCCUGAUGUUUUCAAUACAAUUCAAUGCAGGAUCCCCGAUUUAUGUAAUCAAUGUAGGAUCCCUUAUGUUUUCAAUUCAAUACAGGAUCCCUGAUGUUUUCAAUUCAAUACAGGAUCCCUGAUUUCAAUACAAUUCAAUGUAGAAUCCCUGCAAUCAAUGCGGAACGAGAAACACUGAAGCCAUUUUCAAUUCUAAAAUUUAAGGCGUUACGGUUAACAAUUGAAAUUAGGCCAAAUAAACUUGACGAAUGGACAAUAUAGACACUUUGUUGGUCUAAGACCGUUGUUUAGAUUCCUACUAGUACUACAGUGUUACGGAUGAACUUUGAUAACCAUUACCAAGGUCAGCAAUGUUUCUAGUGAUGAUUUCAACCAUUAAAAAAAGGUUACACCCUGAGAACUAAUUGAAUGUGUUGUUUCAGAUUUGUGUGUGGGUUAAGACCCUGAACUAGUUAGGCUAAUACACAAAUACAGCUGUAUGCUGGAGAAGGUAAUCUUAGAGCACCACAUCAUACAUCAGUAUACCAGUCAAUGACAUAAAUAUUUGAACACCAUUACAUUUGAGCACAAUCAUUGAACAACCGUAAGUUGUUAAGUCAUGAAUUUUUUUAUUUUAUGAGAGCAUUUUUUUUAUAUUUUUAUUUUAAAAUUUAUUUUUUUAAAUAAUUAGCCAUUUAUUAUAUCUAAUAACUGAAAUAUAAUUUCUUUUUGUAUGAAAUAUUCAUUUUGAAAGAAACAUUAUCACUUCAGAGAACUCUACCUUAAUAGUCAUUAUUAAUAAUCAUCUGAAGAAUGCAUAUGUCAAUUUUCCCUCCAUACACAAGUAAAGAAGAAAUAAUGUGAUAUUGUGUUAUAUAAGAUAGCAGUGUGUUUCAAGUAAAAAUGUAGGUAUGUGGUGCCCCACAUUGAGAUUUGAAUCAAAGUCUAACAAGAGUUGGACUCUAGUGUGCCAUUUUGUCUUCAUCACAUUGACUCAGUGAUUUGAUUCAAUCUUCAGACCAAAGUAUUAAUAUUACCAUACUGUGUACUUCUGUUUUAUUAAACCUGAUAUGGCUAGCUGUUUACAUUCAUUCUUUUUGUUCAAAAUCUAUUACCAGAAUUUAUGUGUAUAUACUCUACUUGAAUAUUAUACAUUUGUGUGCUUUUAAUGCUUCUGAACUAGUCAAAGAACAAAUGAUGUAUAGAAUCUAUUUAUUACUAUUUGAAAUUAAUACAAUAAUGUUUUCAUG